AUGGCAAAGCACCACCCAGACCUUGUAAUGUGCCGUAAGCAACCAGGCGUGGCUAUCGGUCGUUUAUGUGAAAAAGACGACGGAAAAUGCGUGAUCUGCGACUCGUAUGUUCGUCCAUGUACAUUGGUUCGAAUCUGUGAUGAAUGUAAUUAUGGAUCAUACCAGGGCCGCUGCGUUAUUUGCGGUGGGCCCGGGAUCUCGGAUGCCUAUUAUUGUCGAGAGUGCACACAAUUGGAGAAAGAUCGUGACGGUUGUCCCAAAAUUGUGAACUUAGGUACUUCCAAGACGGAUCUAUUUUACGAGCGCAAAAAGUAUGGCUUUAAGAAGCGUUGA